AUGUGGCUAAAGUGGUAUUAUUUUGUUGUAAGUCUCAUAUUACUGAGUAGUGUAACAUGUGAGUCCACAGAAACAUCAGAUACAGCGACGUUACUCAAAACAUACAGGAGCUACAUUAUCGCAUCCCAUGAUCUGGACAAGAGCGACCGCAGCAUCCUCAAGAACUGGACCACUGACUUCCAGAUACAGUUAGUGAAUAUCACUACGCAUUACAGAUUGGAAAUGACGAGGCACAAAGAGCAUAACUUUAUAACGAUUAAGACUAAUUCUAAGUGGAGUGAUUGUAUUGAUUUUCAUCAUAUCGAGAUCUAUAACUCAGAGAAAUUAUACUUCAACGGGGAGAGCAAGUGUCUCCAAACUGCCAAUGCUGAAGCGAGUCGGAAAAAACACUCUGUCUACCAACUAGAAAAAGAGAUUAGAAAAUGGCGUAAAAGCUACAGAUACUUAUCAAGUCAAUGUAAUAUGAACAACCCUGGAGAUGAGGAGGCCGCGGGCGAGUGCCUUGUGGAAUAUAUGCAAAAAGAUAACUACUAUAUGACAUUUCAACGUCUAAUUUUAUUGAAAAUGGAGUCGAUGUCGGAUUUAUACGCGCAGAUAUUGAAAUCUCUCAGCAAUUGUGAAGAGUGCUUAAAAAGCAACCUGUCUGUGUGUUUGAGUAACGCUAGAAACAUAAUGGAUACUUUGAACCAUUGUUACAGAAGAAAGGAUUUG